CCCUCCGCCCCUCCGCCGAAUCAGAAAACGUUCACCAUUCCCCCCCUUGCCUUUGGUUCAAGCCUUGCCCGCCCUCCCCAGCGGAGACAGGAGCAACCUAUCGCUCGGACGCCGAGCUCGCCACAGAACUUCGGUUCGGCAUGGCGCUGUACCGCUUGGCGCUGCUCGCGCUCGCAGCAAUGCAGCUGCCCGCCCACGCGGGCGCCCACGGCGCCGAGGAGAUGAGUGCACCGUGCCUGGGGCCUGCCUCGACGAGGCCGCGGUCGAGGCCGCGGAGCAGGGGGAGGCCGACGCGCUGAGGGUGGAGCUGCUGCAGUCUAGGUCGUCGGUCGCGGCGCGGGCGUCGACGGAGUCGAACGCCAGCUCGGGCGCCAGCUCGGACAGAACUUUCUGGUUCGUCUCGCGCAAGCAGUGCGGGGGCGUCGCUGGUGUGCCAGGCAACGUGCUCUGGGCCGCGCAGUGCCAGCCAGCGGCGUGGGACCGAACGAAGUCCGUGAUUUACAUGUGCGAAGGAAGGGAGGCAACGAACACCUUGCAUUGGCAUCUUCUUCCGGAGGCCCCGCGCGGAUUUUGUUGGUCUGCGCUGGGUUCCCCUCCCAGUACAC